UAUAUGAUUGUGGAAAUAUGUGGUGGUUUCUAUCUUCAUCGGUUUGGGUCUAUAAAAAAGAAGAGAAGCAUAACGAAAGCUAAAACCCAAUCCUUCCUUUCUCAAAACAAAUCAUCUCAGGAGAAUUAAGAGAAAUGGGUUCUUUUUCCAAAGGACAUCGAGAGAAACAACAACCUCAUGCCGUGUUUGUCCCAUACCCUUCACAAGGCCACAUAAGUCCCAUGCUAAAGCUUGCAAAGCUCUUUCACCACAAAGGCUUCCACAUAACUUUUGUCAACACAGAAUACAACCAUAGACGCCUCCUCAAAUCUCGAGGUCCCAACUCCUUGGAUGGCUUGCCUGACUUUCACUUCAGAGCCAUUCCCGACGGCCUCCCGCCGUCCGAUGGCAACGCCACCCAACAUGUUCCUUCACUUUGCUAUUCCACUUCCCGCAAUUGUUUGGCCCCACUUUGCAAUCUCAUUUUGGAGAUCAACUCGAGUGGCGCCGUUCCGCCGGUGUCGUGUAUUGUUGGCGAUGGGGUCAUGACUUUCACUGUUUUCGCUGCCCGCCAACUUGGGAUUCCUGCUGCAACGUUUUGGACGGCAAGCGCAUGUGGGUGCCUUGGAUAUAUGCAGUAUGCAAAGCUUGUUGAACAGGGCUUGGUGCCUUUUAAAGAUGAAAAAUUCUUGACAAAUGGAGAUCUGGAAACAACAAUAGAAUGGAUCCCACCAAUGGGGAAAAUCCGUUUGAGAGAUAUCCCAAGCUUCAUUAGAACAACCGACAAAAACGACAUAAUGCUCAACUUCUUCAUCCAACAAUUAGAAACACUUCCCAAAACCAAUGCAAUAAUCAUAAACACAUUUGAUUCCUUAGAGCACCACGUUUUGGAAGAACUUUCCUCCAAGCUCCCUCCCAUUUACACAAUUGGCCCAAUUAACUCAUUAGUUGCCGAGUUGAUCCAAGACGAGAAAGUUAAGAACAUCCGUUCAAAUCUAUGGAACGAGCAAUCAGAAUGCAUGGAAUGGCUCGAUUCACAGCAACCUAACUCAGUGGUUUAUGUCAACUUUGGAAGCAUAACUGUGAUGUCACCUCAACACUUGGUGGAAUUUGCGUGGGGACUUGCCAACAGUGGGAAGGCGUUCUUAUGGAUCAUAAGGCCGGAUCUGGUGGAAGGGGAGACGGCGGUGUUGCCGGCGGAGUUUGUGGCGGAGACAGAAGGAAGAGGGAUGCUGGGGAAUUGGUGUAAUCAAGAAGAGGUUUUGAAGCAUGGUGCAGUGGGAGGGUUUUUGACGCACAGUGGAUGGAACUCGACGAUGGAGAGCAUUGCGGGAGGAGUGGCCAUGAUAUCGUGGCCGUUCUUUGCAGAGCAACAAACCAAUUGCCGUUACUGUAAGACGGAGUGGGGAAAUGGGUUGGAGAUUGAGAGUGAUGUGAAGAGGGAGGAAGUGGAGAAGCUUGUGAGACAGUUGAUGGAAGGAGAAAAGAGUGAAGACAUGAGGAGGAAUGCUAAAGAGUGGAAGAGAAAAGCGGAAGAGGCUUGUAAGCUUGGUGGGACGUCAACUACAAAUUUCGAUCGAGUCAUUUCUCAAGUUCUUCUCCGGAAUAAUGCCCAAAAAUAGGCGUCUUUUCUUUCUACGUAAUAAUUGGAUGUAGGGUCUAUCCAUCUCUUCAUGUUAUAAAAAAUAACAAAAUAUCUUUUUGAAAAAAUUAUUUUAUUUAUGAUUUAUUAUUUUA